CAGCCCAGAGCAACGUCGUUGAUCGUCGUCGUUCCUCGUGGUCGGACGGCGACGUUUGUUGUUUAUAGUAGAGUAGUUACACACGUUUUGCGUCACCUUUAUUUUCCUUGUUUCAUCUAGCCUUGCCCGUCUGUCUUGCGUUGCUCGCUCACAGUCUCUGUAUUUCUCUCCGCAGCGCUCGGUUCGGUAAAUCUCGAUCUGCUUGGUCCACACGUGGACCCGUGCCAGAACCGCGUGCCGAUCGCCGAGAACUCGACUGGAUCGUCCUCCGCGUGGAAUUGUUUUCUGCUCGAGGUCGUCGGUGUGCAGUGGUGUUAUCGCCGCCCGGCUCGAUCCUAGUUCUCGCGGUUGAUCUUUCCGGAAGUGAAUGACCGUAUUGUGCACAAGGAAGUGGAUGGAGUGUCAAAGUGAAAACGGCCAGCACGGAUCGUAGAAUGGCACUGUCUCUUCUACAAGAAGCUCAAAUUAACUCAGAUAUCCUGUAAACUUGAAGCUGGUUUUUGCCAAGUUUGCGAUGGUCUGCCGAAGAUUAAACUAGCUGCCAGGAGAUUGGGAUAUGAGAAUAAGGCAGUUGAAACACGUUUUAUCUGUGCCGCAGGACUCUCGGCCGGCCAGCUUCUCGAGAUGAAGCAGGAAUCAGAGAAACAGUCACCGUCUCUGAACAAUAACGCAUCGCAAGUGAUGUUCCCGGGGAUGGGCAACGCCGCGGCUGGACUGUCGAUGCUAACUCCGCAACAGCUCUUGGCAGCGAGUCGAACGGCGGCAUUAAUGGCAGCGGGAAUUCCUGUAUCGUUGCACUCGACAUUAACCGCCAAUCCGUCGCUCUACAGACAUCAUCAGACACUUUUCGGUGGUUGGGCGCCACCAGCGGCAUCAUCGCCACCGUCUCCCAUUAAUCAUUCACCUGGACCGGUGUCACCCGCUCUAAGUACCAAAUCCAGCACCAGAAGAAUCUCGGGCAACGGCAACAACAACAACAACAACAAUAAUAACAACAAUGUAGUGAGCAGCAGUGCGGAUAGAAUGACCAAGAAAGGUCAGACUACCAAGAAGAAAACUACGAAGUCGAAAAGCGACGCUGCCCAACCGACGGUCGAGGGCUCGGAUCCUCUGACUCCACCAGCGUCGGUCAGCCCUGAGGCUGGCAAAGACGGAAGGGACAAGGUGUUCACCUGUGGAGUAUGCUCGAGAUCGUUCGGAUACAAACACGUGCUCCAAAAUCAUGAACGCACUCAUACUGGAGAGAAACCGUUCGAGUGCCCUGAGUGUCACAAAAGAUUCACGCGGGACCACCACCUGAAGACGCACAUGCGUUUGCACACAGGCGAGAAGCCGUACCACUGCAGCCACUGCGACCGUCAAUUCGUGCAGGUAGCAAACCUGCGUCGUCACUUGCGGGUGCACACGGGCGAGCGUCCGUACGCGUGCGAACUGUGCUCGGCGAAGUUCAGCGACUCGAACCAGCUGAAGGCUCAUCUGUUGAUCCACAAGGGGGAGAAGCCGUUCGAGUGCGAACACUGUCAGAUGCGAUUCAGAAGGAGGCACCAUCUGAUGCAUCACAAGUGCGGGACGGGCGGUUCCGGGGUCCCGAGGUCGCAGGUCGCGUCUCCAUCGUUGGCCAGCGACGACCUGGACGAGGACAUUGACAUCGACAUCGACGUUGAGAUAGAUGAGGCCGAAGCGGCGCCUCUGGUGAUCAGGAAACCUCUCGCAUCGGUCAGACCAGCGCACCGUCAGCUGCCCAGCUCGGUCGUGAACGCGACGAUGCCGAUACCUUUGAAUCUGUCCGGUGUCCCGGUGAACUUGCCGGAGCAGACGGAGCCCGAGGACCUGUCGAUGUCGACCGGCAUGCACAGGCCUCACUCGCACUCGCACAGCAGCGGCGACUCGCCGAUGAGCCACAGCCCGAGCAGCGACACCAUUCACGAAGAGGACGAGGAGGAGCUGCUCGACGUCUCCGAGGCCAGUCCCAGCAGUCUCUUCCUUCAGAACCACCGUAGCCAGUACGUUCACCAUCUCGCCGGCAACCUCGGAAAUCAGACCAAUGUCGGUCACGCGUCCUAGUGGAGUCUCUAGGGGUACGUAGACGACACAUCUACGUAACAAAAACAGCACAGACACCAACCACUACACACAAUCACACACCGAAUCCUGUAUACUCUCGUUCACUUGGCAUUGGCUACCCAAGGAAGAGGACGAAAGGACUAACUUGCGACUCACUUGGGUGGCUCGUCCAGAGAACCGAGCCCUCACCUAGCAAAAAUUCUCCGCGAGCACCGGUUCACAGUCACUAUUGUUAAGAUGCUUUUUAUAGAUAUAUAUAUAUUAUAUUAUAUAUAUAGAGAUGAUGAUGAUUAUUAUUAUUAUUAUCAUUAUUAUUAUUAUUAUUAUUAUUAUUAUUAUUAUUAUUAUUGUAUCUUAGGGAGAGGGAAAGAUUCGAUGAAAGUUAACGGCGAGUCUAUAAGCAUCCUGCAAAACGUGUAAUUUAAACGUGAACAAAACAAACAAUUCAGGGACGCGUUUCUCAUGUUCUUUUUCUAUACAUAUAUAAAAUAUAUGUAUAUGUAUGUAUGUGUGUAUAUAUAUACAUGUAUAUGUAUAUAUAUAUACAUGUAUGUAUGUAUGUGUGUUUAUAUAUAAAAAACGAUACGUAUAUAAUUGAUUGAAACGAGAGAGACACGAAAGUGGAAGUGGAAACCAGAGAGUUCGCGAGAGUUCAGUUUUCAGGGAGAUAGGUUUCCCUUUGUUGUACAUAGUUUGUGCGCGACAGAACGCGACACAAGAGAAAAAGAAAAACUGUGUAUUUAGUUAGUCGUUGUAGGUUCCGCGUGUUUCGUUCGAGAGCAGUGUUGAUGGAUAGGUAGAUAGUGAUUAAUUAGAUAGGUAUCGGGAGAGAAGAGUAAUUGAACAGCGGAGAAAAAAGAGAGAGAGAGAGAGAAAUAUUUACCGUUGCCGUGCGUGUGUGAGUCUUCCGCGCGAGUGUGGAUCUCGUGCGGGAGCGUGAUUUCUGGUCAGGAGCGUGUGAGUACGAGUGCCGUUGAUGCGUGUGUGAAUGAGGCGAGCGGGAAUCGAAAUAUAAAAAGAGAAGCUACGGAAUGAAUGUGCUGGUAUACAAGUUCCUCUGACAGUAAAAGUAGCGGGGGGGAGUGACAUUGGUCGUCGGUCCUCUGUCGCUCUCGCAACUUCGCCGAUCUUUACAGAGCUGUCGACCAUAUUAUGAUAUUAUGGUAGGUUUUUUUUCGUUUCUUUUACCUUACCGGCUUCGCUUCUCGUUUCUUCUCGUUCCCGUUCUCCGCUUCGUUUUUAUUUCGUUGUCUAAUUCUUCGCUAAACUUUCGUCUCGUUCUGCGUUGUUAUCUUCUAUCUUUUGUUUCUGUUUCUGGUCUUUUUUCUGUUUCUGGUCUUUUUUCUGUUUCUUCCUUUUAUUGUUUCGCUUUAUUUUGCUCGCUUGUAUUUAUUUUUAUAAAGACCUUAAUCGGCCAGUCUGCGUAACGACGCGUUGUUGUCUAUUCUAUACGCCAAUUGUGAAUCCUUUCAUUUUUAUUAAACACCUACACAGAUCUAUACCUAUAGAUCGACUUUACACACACA